ACUCGACGCAAUUCAAAUGAAAGAUUCACAAAGGACCCCAUAACUAAAGAAGGAAACGAUCUAGUGCUAAAAGCUCUGGAAUCACUGCUACACAAUCAACUCUCGAGUUCCGCUACUGCGACUCGUAUCAAUGAGAUCUUUGCUCCUCGCUUGAUAUCUGGCCUUAACGCUGGUGUCGGUUGGCUCUGGGGUACUCUAUCCGACAGCACGAGAUAUUUCGGCGCCUCGCACACGCAGCAAUUGGUUGAUCUCGUUGUCGCACUCAAACAGCUCCCCGAUGUGGUCGACAAAGCUGGGUAUGUAGUAAAGUACGGCGGUAAAGUAAUUUGGCGCGAGAUGCACGACUGGGGCUGGAUUUUUGCCGAACACGGUAUCGGUUCCAGCUACGAGCAAUGGCAUGCUCAAGCACCUGGCCUUCUCAACGCAAACAUAUUCGCCGCAACCCUGACGACACGAACCGAUGUCUUUACUUCCAGCAUGGAUUAUGCAAAUAUUGCAUUUUGGGAGAUAUUGCCGCCGUUUGAUGAGGGUAGAGAGAUGGCUGACGAGUGGAAAAUGUAUAUCCCUCCUGCUGCGGUUUGGAUUGAGAUUUGUGGGAAGGUGUUGUAUGAGUAUUGUUUUAUGGAGAGGGGUGCGGUGGCAAGCAAUGUUAUACAAGGACAGACAUUGUAUCGCGAGAGAUGGGUAAAAGUUAAGCAGAGGUUUGAGGCGUUGGCGGAGCAAGUCGAGAUUGAUGAUCAUUGUCGAGGCCUCGCGAGAGAGGCAGCAAAAGAGAUGCAAAGGAUUGAAGAAAGUGUU